AUGGAGGAGGGUAAUUUGCAAGAAAGAACCGUGGAGCUUGACCCUCAUCCGAUGCGACUACAUGACCUUUUGGAUCUUCCAACAAACGACGACACUUGGCACGCCCUCAUCAUCCGUUGGGAUGACAAAAGGUUCAGUCUUUUUCCAUGGGAGGUGCCUUCUGUUCACCUGGUGGGGUCGCUUGCCAAUGGUGAUUAUGUCGUCGUUGUUACCUCGUGCAUUUAUCAACGAUUCCACAACGCAUACAGACAGUACAUCUUGCGUCAAGUUGAAACCGGACAAGACGUCUUCUUCGAAAUUUUAAAGCCAAACAAUGGCAAGAUAGCAGAAUACGGCCUAGAGGCAGCGGAAAGGAAGACCCGGUCUGAUGUCCUUAGGAGGGCCGUCCAAGGCGUAACCAGUCCUGGAGGUCUCGCACUUUAUCGGUAUUACAAGGAAAUCAUCCACGACAAUUCCGACAUACUGCCACUUGAGUGGGCACUGUUAGGUUAUGACCUACGAUUGUCAGGAUCCGAGGUCCGCGACAAGUUUGUGUUGUCAUCUCUCCUUCUUGACCUACAUUUCGUGCAAGAUCUGGAAAGCCACGACGUAUCUCAACUUGUCGAGAGGAAACGACAAGAUGGAUGGGGAAGCUACUUGUUGAUGAAGGAAUCCUUGGCCAUUUCGAAAGUAGUCGAGAAUGCCGAUGAAGAGAUGCACGAACUAUUACUGGUCCGUGGACUACUGGAAUUUGCCGGUCACAAGACAAGUGUUCGCUUUUACCAGCACGACCAAGAGUGUGCCACUUACGAUAGUUGUAUCAUACUCGGUCGGGCCCUUCGCCGUGUUUUCGAACCCAAGCAAGAAAGCAAGUUCGAAAGCUCAGGCAGCAUGCCUGCGAGAAUGGAGAUCCCUAGGCUCUUAGGUGCAUACGAAGUGCAAGAGCGCCUUAACCGGUCGGGAUACUCCGAAAUCGACAUUUCGCAGAUGUGUGCCAACCUCGCAGUUUUCCUGCCAAUUGGAAUUCCUGUUCCCUACCAUGAGACUUUGCCAGCGACAUUAGUCAAUAGGCUCAAGCGAAAAGUAGUGAUGAAUGCCAUACGCGCGAUUAGCGAUACAUGUAUCCUUCAUCUUCCGGCAUUGUUGCGGAAGGAGCACCAUGCAAGGUCAUUCCUUCUCUAUCUUGUCAGGAAUGGACUAGAAACAGAAGUUACCAAGACAUGGAUGAAUUCCACAGAGGGCCAGAGCAUAUACGACCAGACCUUGGCAAGCAUGCGAGAGCAAGCACAGUCAUUAGAGGAGUUUAUAUUAUGCCUGAAUACCUUGAUCGCUUAUCUUCACCUUCUAGAUCCACCUGAGCCGGCCGUAUCACUUGUCUACGCUUGCCACCUUUGCGACUUCUCUUAUCUUCUACACGGCGGCACACAAAUCAAUCGGCGAAGUGUACUAGAGGCGGUAGCAGGCUCUGUCCAAAAGGUGUUGGCCGGUUUUCCAGCUGAUAUUGCCCAGAUUCUUAUGCCUAUGAACAGACCACCGCCUGUACAGUGGUGCGAUGGAAUUAUUCAGUGGUAUUUGCAACGUCGGGCAGCUGAGGUAAUGACGCAUGAUGAAGCGUAA